CAAACCCAAACCCUGCGCACUCCCCUUCCCUUCCCACCCCACCCCACCCCUCCCCUCCCCUCCCCUCUGCAUUCCGCGCCUCGGGACGCCAUGGGGUGCUGCGCCUCGUCGCAGAAGAAGAAGGGCGCCGCGGCCGGGGACAGGAAGAAGAAGGAGCCCGCCGAGAGGCCGUCCCAGAUCGCGCCGGCCGCCUCGCCCUCGCCCACGCCCACGCCCACGCCCACACCCACGCCGUCGCCCUCAGCUGAGAUGUCAAGAUUAGGGGCCAGUCAGGGAGCCGUGCGCACUAAGUUCAUCUCAAGCCCUGGUCAUACCCAUCGCCUAUCAUUCACCUACGAGGAGCUGAAUGCGGCGACAUUGGGCUUCCCGCAAAACCACUUCCUGGGAGAGGGUGGGUUCGGAAAGGUUUAUAAAGGUGUGCUGGACGGCAACGAGGUUGCUAUAAAGAUUCUCAACCCCAAUGGAUCUCAAGGGAACAGAGAGUUCUGCACAGAAGUUAUGGUGUUGAGCAGGAUGAAUCACCCGAAUCUUGUCAAGCUUGUUGGCUUCUGCGCUGAUGAUGAUCAGAGGCUUUUAGUUUAUGAAUUCAUGCCUCUGGGUUCACUGGAAACUCAUAUAUUUGAUCUUCCCCCUGAUAAGAAGCCUCUUGACUGGAAUACAAGGAUGAAGAUACUUGCUGGGGCAGCUCAAGGCCUGAAGCAUUUGCAUGUUAACUGCAACCCUCCUGUCAUAAACCGUGACGUGAAAUGCGCGAAUAUUUUGCUUGGCGAGGGAUAUCAUCCAAAGCUGGCCGACUUUGGCUUGGCAAAGCUAGGUCCGACUGGCGACGAUACUCAUGUUUCAACUAGAGUGAUGGGCACACCUGGGUAUUGUGCACCGGAGUAUCUUGAGAGCGGUCAGUUGACUAUCAAGUCAGAUAUUUACAGCUUUGGUGUUGUUAUACUGGAGGUUAUCACAGGAAGAAAGGCUUUAGAUCAGAGUCGAAUCAAAGCUGAGCGUAGCCUUGCUGAAUGGGCCAUCCCUUUGAUCAACCAGAAGGAUUUUACAAUGUUGGCAGAUCCAGCGCUUGGCAAUCAGUACAGCAUGACAUCAUUGUUCCAGGCCCUCUCCGUUGCUCGGAUGUGCCUGAAUACAACAGCCAGCCGGAGACCUCAGAUCGCAGAAAUAGCUGCCGCUCUCGCUCACAUCUCAAAGUCCAAAAGAACACGGCGAUCAGCCCACCAGCAGUCAGCAGCUCAAGUUCACCAACCCGGGGAAGAUAUAUAGGAGGAACUAGUAGUAUAUCAUAGUCAUGGGGACACCAGUGCAAAGCAAUGUAGUGUUUCUGGCUUUGUUAUUAUGAUGAUGAUGACACUGUGAUCAAGAACAGGCUCUACUCCCCACUCUGAUAUGGUCGAAUUGCUAGGGGGGAGAGUUUUGUUUGUAGAUACUAGAUAGAUAGAGUAGGUGCAAAUAUCCUUGGCUGAGGGCUGAGGCUUGUCAUAUGCGGUCUUGGAGACAUGAGCUUCAUAGUAUUUCUCCAUGACGCUUAAUCUUCGCUUCCUCUUCUGGUUGACAUGUUGCUGAUGUACAUGUGAUCUUCAGCCUGUACCUAAAAGUGUUGAUGGUUUUGUCAAGAUUGUGCUUAACCGAUUUUGGUUCAA